AUGUCCUCUUCCCAAAACAGUACUGCCGACCAAGCACUGGAUAUGCUUAGCCAGGCUAAGGAUGACAAGACUGCGCUCAUAACCCUGUACAGAACUCUUGCUAAAAGCGAUGAUAAAGCAUUUUCGGAAGGUCUAGCAGAGAGACCAAAUUUCUGGAACAAUAUCUUUUCCUUAGCCCGGGAUUUGAUGGACGAUGAGGAAGUAGUUAUGGCUGUUCACUUCUUCCUCGACAAAGGUUCCAAAGCGUUGGCGGAUAAGACCGACUCAAGCCCUUACGUCAAGAACUUCUGCUCCGCCGCCCACAAAAAUCUUAUAUUGGACACCGUGGUCAGCCAGCUUCUAUGGCUACAGUGCGACGUUGAACUUGAAGGCAGUGUCGUUAAAGCUGUCAGCCGCUACCUGCACUGCCUAGCCAUUUUGAACAAUGAAGAUUCGAAAGCCGCCUCUGGCAUAAUAUUCGACAGCUUUCUCACGUUAAAAUCAGGAGGCUUUCUAACAACUUUAACAACGAUACUAGAAAAUGGGCCGCAAUAUGAGCAGGAGGUCGAAACAAUGGCCCAAAGCUGUGUUAAAGUUCUUGCUAGACUACACUGGUCGUUACACUCUCAAAAUAUUGACAGACUCUCCUCCCAAUGGUUGAACAGUAUGGUUGAUCUUUUGGACAAGCACUUCAAGCUGAAAGAGUUGGCAAAAACUAAUGAUGAGUCAAGAGAGGUGGGCGGUAAGCAGAUCUCUGAGCUUUCUUUAGUGAACGCGAUUGAUCUGAUUACUUUUUGCAAAGACAGCAACCUCUCUUUCCGCAAAAAGUACUCGGAACGUCUACUUUUUGAGGACGAUGCAUUUCCUAUAGUAAAGGGGCUCUCAUGGUUGUCCGAUCAAUUGGCGCGGUGUUUCCAUCAAUUUUUUGCAGAAGAAAAGUUUAGUGUUUUCAUCAUGCAAUGCUUUUUGAACAAAGACAUACUGAUCUAUAGUCUUGUGGACAAGCUCAUGGAACUUUGGAUAGAGUCGAACGCUCAGGACUUUGCCGAUUUUGGGUCUGUGCUGGAAACAUUCGAAAUCGCCUUCUUUCAACAUGACAACUUUCUCGGGGCCAAGGAGCCCGACAUAGGUGCAUGUUUGGUGAACAUACGCUCAUUAACAUACGCGGACCUGAGAAGCAUGCAACUGAAGCAGCUAAGAAGCAUCCAUUACAAGAAAUGGGAAACUCAAGUCUCACAUUUUGACUCUAUGUUGUCAAACCAGGUUCUUGAGUUUGUUCGCCAUCAACGCCUAUUGCAACUACAAAAGGGAGCCUGGGUUUACAGUGACAAUCCUUUAGAUCGUAGCGUGAAGCAGCCGCGCGUAUAUUUCAUUAUUUUGUCAGACAAUCAAAUGAAUCUUUUGGCCAAGGAGUAUAGAUUGAGAAGCGAACAAAAUCCCGCAGUCAACGGUAAUGAGAUCUUGAGUACCAAUGAUUCCUCAGCACCAAAGUCGAAGACUGUAGUUAUUCCUUUAAGGCGCGUUCACAAGUUCCAACAUUGGAGAGUUCAGUCUGAGAGUAAAGUUCCCGAAAACUCAAAACUAAUUAACAUUCUGAACAAAGCUGUUUACACCGAAAUACAUCUGUUGGACAAGGAGGCUAACAUUCUGCUGAAAUUUUACGUGGAUACUAAAGAAGCGUCUUACAUCUGGCUGGAUGGUUUACAAUUACUUGUUGCGGCUGCACAGGGGAAAACGCCUACUCUCUCUGAAGAGCUUAAGUCACAGGUGGCUAGCCUUAUCGAUUUGAGAAAAAACGUCCAGAUCAUUGGGCUGGAUGAUAAAACAGACCUGACAGACAAUAUCGAAGAUUCGACAGCUGAAGAUGAAUUUUAUGAUCUUGAGACGCUACAAAGUGUAACCGCUGAUUUUCACUACGAUUAA